ACUACGACUCCCAUGUGACUUUGCUGAGACUUAUUGUAGGUCUCGCGUGAGAUUUAUACUCGCGCCCCUGUAAUAUUGAGCGGAAACCCCUUAGCUCUUCCUUUUCCCUAAGAUGGCCCCGAAAGCAAAGAAGGAAGCUGUCCCUGCCAAGACUGAGGCAAAGUCUAAGGCCCUGAAGGCCAAGAAGGCUGUUCUAAAAGGAGUGCACAGUCAUAAGAAGAAGAAAAUCAGGACUACACCUACCUUUAGAAGACCUAAAACUCUGAGGUUGAGAAGACAACCCAAGUACCCCAGAAAGAGUGCUCCCACAAGGAACAAGCUUGACCAUUAUGCCAUCAUUAAAUUUCCCUUGACCACUGAGUCAGCCAUGAAGAAGAUUGAGGACAACAAUACAUUAGUUUUUAUUGUUGAUGUCAAGGCCAACAAGCACCAAAUCAAACAGGCUGUGAAGAAACUGUAUGACAUAGAUGUCGCUAAAGUGAACACACUUAUUAGGCCUGAUGGUGAGAAGAAGGCAUACGUCCGUCUUGCUCCAGAUUACGAUGCAUUGGAUGUGGCUAACAAGAUUGGCAUCAUCUAAACCUACUGUGGGAAGAUCUGUACAGAAAUAAAAUAAAUGAAAACUUCUUUUUC